AUGGCUGUUGAUAUUGAAACUAUGGAAGCUAUGUUCGAAAAAUUCAAAACAGAAAUCAACACUAGUACGGAGAACAUUAUCAAGAAAGAAAUAAGUGCGCUCAAUAUCCCUUCAAUCAUAGCUGAGCAGAAUAGUAAAAUUGAGGUACUGGGCAAAGAAAAUGAAGAAUUGAAACGAGAGCUACAAAAGCAGAGUGCGUUGAUUGAGAAUAUGAGAAGAGAAAAUAAUCUUAUAUUCUUUGGUGUCGAUGAGGCAGAUGGUGAAAAAUCUACACAAUUGAUGGAUAAAACUUUGGAUAUUUGUAAUAAAGCUCUGAAGGUUGAACUAAAGGCGGGUGACAUUAAUUUGGUGAGGAGGAUUGGCAGGAAAAAAGAUAAGGGUGUGCGUCCGGUUAUGUUAUCCCUAGUAUCUGUAAUCAAGAAGAAUAGUAUUAUGCAGGAAUGUACAAAGUUGAAAGGCUCCAAAAUAUUCCUGACACAUGAUUUGGAUUGGCAGAGACAGAAGAUAUUGAGGGAGGUAGGAGGUGAGCUUAGGGAUUCAAAGAAGAAUGUGAAAGUGAGGAGGGGAGUGCUAGAAAUUGAUGGAUGA